GUCGAUCCAGAUAUUGUUGACAUGGCGACAACAGGCAGCGUACAGGGAUCGGAUGAAGUCACGAGAGGAUCAGUAGGGGGUUCUGCCAACACUGCUGGAGAUGGAGAAAGACGUGAGGAGCUCGAGUCUGGGAGGCAGGGCAAAUGUGUGAAAGUGUACAAAUGUGAGGAGUGUGACAAGAAGUUUAGUUGUACUAGUAAUCUGAAGAGACACGUGCGGACUCACACAGGGGAGAAACCCUACAAGUGUGAGGAGUGCAGCAGGCAUUUCAGUCAGCUGGGUGCUCUGAAGACACACAUGCGGACUCACACUGGGGAAAAACCCUACAGGUGUGAGGAGUGCGGCAGGCAGUUCAGUCAGCUAGAAAAUCUAAGUAACCACAUCCGGACUCACACAAAUGAGAAACCAUACAGAUGUGGAGAGUGUGGCAGACAGUUCUGCCGUCUUAGUCAUCUGAAGAGACACAUGCGUGCUCACACUGGAGAGAAACCCUACAAGUGUGAGGAGUGUGCCAAGCAGUUCAGUCGACUGGGUCAUCUAAAGGUGCACAUUCGAAGUCACACUGGUGAGAAACCCUACAGGUGUCAGGAGUGUAGCAAGCAGUUCAGUCAGCUGGGUACUCUGAAGACACACAUGCAUGCUCAUACAGGGGAGAAACCCUACAGGUGUGAGGAGUGUGGCAGUCAGUUCAACCAGCUUGGUAAUCUGAAGUCGCACAUACGGACUCACACUGGGGAGAAACCAUACAGAUGUAAAGAGUGUGACAGGCAGUUUAGUGAGGCUGGUCAUCUGAAGAGGCACAUGCGUACUCACACUGGUGAGAAACCCUACAGGUGUGAGGAGUGCAGCAGGCAGUUCAUUGAGCUUGGAAAUCUGAAGAAGCACAUACGGACUCACACAGGAGAGAAAUCAUACAGAUGUGAAGAUUGCGGUAGCCAGUUCAGUGGGCUGGGUAGUCUGAAGAGACACAUGCAUGCUCACACUGGCGAGAAACCCUACAGGUGUGAUGAGUGCAGCAGGCAGUUUAGUCAACUAAGUCAUCUGAAGAGACACAUGCGGACUCACACAGGGGAGAAACCCUACAGGUGUGAGGAGUGCUACAAGCAGUUCAGUCGGCUGGGUCAACUGAAUGGACACAUGCGGACUCACAAAGGAGAAAACCUGCAUGUGUAA